AUGGCAAAUGCACUGAAGGGCUCAGACCUCGUCUUUAUCACAGCUGGUACGGGUGGAGGAAUAAUGGCAGAUGAUGAAAAUAUUGGUGAUAACCAGCUUGGAAAACAGAAAGUAAUUACUAUUAAAAAAAGGCAACAAAUCAAAGAAAUUAAAAAGUCAGAUUAA